GGGCCAGUAUUCUGCACGGGCCUCUUUCAUCAAUAUGCCUCCCAACCCAAAACAAAGCUCUCGAAAGCAAGCCACAACCUCUAAGAAUCAACCUUCAAACCCUCAAUACAAUCUUGAAGGGAGAGUUUUCAGUAUGGACAAAUCUGAACCUUUCAUUGACUCUGGCUUAAUUGCCGUUGCUCUUGUUAUCAAAUCUCAAACAGGACCACACUUUGUUUUUCACUAUCCACCUCGACCUUCAUUUGCUCCACCACCACGCAAUUAUAGAUACGGCACGGAAACCGAUCAGACCGAGCUCGAACAGCGGACAGGGAGCGAUGAGGAUGAUAGCGACGACUUCUCCGAUCUUGAAGACCCAAUUGCUUCAAAGAUGGGAAAACUGAACUUGAAUGGAAAAAAGGUGAAUGGGGGAAAUGGCAGUAGAUCGCGUCACGUGGUGAUCGAAAACGACGAUCACCUUGAGGGUAGAGACGGCGAGCAGAUCGUUCCUUGGGAACAAUUCGGCGAAUUUCCUACCGUGGAUCUUGCAAGCAUUUUGACCCCGCCACGCGCAUACCAUAAGAAGAAGUUUGAGCUGUCAAUUGAUAAUCUCUACUUUGUUUCCUAUCCCUUGCACAUCCGCGAGGAUGGAUUUUGGAAGAAGCCGAGAAAGUCGAAGAAGGACAAAGAGUUGGCCAAAGAUGAAGAUGAAGCAGAAGAAGGUCAGACGGCUACUAGCAGUCAAGAAAAGAAGGGCAGUGGCUCGGAUGACGGUGAUGAUCGUGGAGAAAUGACAAUGUUUAACGUUGUUUUCGUCAUCAGUUUACCCAGACAUGAACAGGAUGAGAGAAUCGAGGAGCUUUAUGAGCAUGUUAUUAAGACUUUCAACAAGGCCCUCAACCAUGCUCAAGCCCAGAGUAAUUAUGUUUGGAAGGAGUCUGAGACCAUUCUUGGAAUGAAGGAGAGAGCCCGCGAAGAUAAGCGCCCAAUGAGCCAGUUGUGGAGCCAAAUUUUGGUCAAAUCCACAUUGGCAGAUGCAAUGCGCGACGUUUACGAUGCUGUUGUCAACAAUACUAUCACCACCGUCUGUCUCGAUACCAAGCCUCCCAUUGAUUUGUCUCUUCAUAUCCCGAUUCCGACAUUUUUGAUGAGCUUUCCAAACCCCAACGAGCGAGCAAAACCCGGUGUAUUACUUUCUAGCGCUAACCCUCUUGUCGAUGAGGAAGGCAAUCCAGACCCCACACAGCUUGACAAGCAUUUUGCGCUUCUCCUUCUUGAGGAUGAGGUUGAUGUUAUCGCUGAGAUAUCAUCUGAAGAUACAGAACUCUCUACUCCUUUAAUUCAGGUUAUUAAAUGGGCCAAACCCACUUUGUCGUUCCAACAAGUCGCGCAGGCAAACAACGUUGGUCUCGAUGAAGUUCUUACUCUCGCACAGCAUUUGAUUUAUUGGCGCAAAGCAAUUGCCAUUCCACCUAUUCAUGCUCGGGAUAUGUUUAUUGUUUCUCCCAACUGCGAUAUGCAUAAGUUAAUUACAGCAAGCCAACAGUGGAAAAAGGCAUUUCCUUUUGCUCCAUCUUUGCAAAGUUUCCUUGGCCAAAUAUCGUAUGCCCCACGCCCUUACAAGUCUUUUGUCCCCUCCAAGAGUCAUCGCGAAAAGUAUAUGGAAAUGCUUGCAUGGCUCAUUCGAGGAGGCUGGGUUACUCAUCUGCGGACCUUUUGUUGGAUAUGGGUAUGGCCUGAGAUCAUCUACGAAGUCGAAUACCAAUUGAAGGCAGAAGCUAUUGAGAGAACAAAGAACCCACCUGUUCAUACCGCACCCGGAUCCCCGGAAGAAAACAACUCUUCUGAAGAAGUUACAGAUGCUGAAAAGGCGGAAGCUCUCGACCCAACCGCACCACUCACUACCGAGCAAGCAGCCGAAGCUGCACGCCUUGAAAGACUCGCCGCUAAGACAGUUGCAGAAGCUAAAGCCGCCGAAGACGAAUUCAAGAAAAUGCCCGUGCCAGAAGCUACCGAGCAUCCUUCUUUGAACAACGCAGAGCAUUUGAAAUACAUUUCCUCCUAUGCCAUUGUCGAUCCCCACAAGGCUAGCCAUGUAGAGACAUUGUACAUUGCAGCUAUUGGUAAGCGUUGGACUGACCCAAAGGCAAAAACAUUGUGGCCAAAGUUCGUAAAGUACUUUAAUGGAACGACUGCUUUGGAAGAUAUUUGGGCCAAGGAGGGAAUGAAGCGUAAGGAGACGUGGAAUGUUUUGAUGGCUUAUCAGGAGCAGAUUCUAGUUAUGAAACAUUGGUAGAUUUUGACGAUUGAUCUUUUACUUUCUCAUCUGGAGAGAUGAUCUUCUGGGGAAGUGAAAGAAUCGGUGUUAUGAUGAUGAUGAUUUACGAUGAUACUAAGGAUGAUGCGGCGUUAUACAGUUCCAGGAAUGGAUAGGUUAGGAUGAUACCAUGGCUUCAGUGGAUAUUUUCGUGAUUUUAUACCCUUCCAUAUGAAGGCUACGCCUGAGAAUUAAUCAAUUUAAUUACUUUGCUCCA